AUGGCUCUUGCAUACCCCGAAGGCGAAUGCUUCUUCAGACGCGACGCCCUGAACCACGAAAAGAAGGAUUGCUACCAGGCCGACCGCGUUGAUCAUUUCUAUGGGCACUUUAUCGUCGAGUUCCUCUGGAACGUGCCAGCCCACACGGGGGACAAGGCCCGACAGUCUCACUCGCACCCCCGCUCGUCAUACAAACUCCAUGACUUUAGCCUGCCAUGGGGUUUCAUGAGCCCCGGUAGGAAGGGCCCCUAUAUCGGAUGCUGGACGCAUCUGCCCUUUGUAUAUGGGUCCCACUACCAUAAGGGGGAGCAGAGACGUGUUCAGCAUAACCUCUGCACCUGGGAUGAACGUCUUCAGAAACAGGUCAAUGGUGCGGCUAUGGAGUCUUGGUUCAUGAUGAUGCCCAUGCCUAAAAGGCAAGAAGGGUGGGUCUUUAUUGACCGCCUGGCCAAUAUCCGCGCCAUUUAUAUUCCCGUAGCCCACCAGGCUUCAGAGGACCACCCGGAACUCUGCACGUUCCAGCACGUUAAUUUUGCCUCUGCAAAUGCAAGAAUCAGCAUGCUUCAUCAUACCGGGGACCCCGCGAAGCCGAAUGUCUUCUGGAAGGACGUCACCUUCAGCAAGACCCACGGCCUGCAGGACUGGAACAACCUAACCCUAGGUGUUAAUAUCAACGGGCUGGUCAACCUCCUCUCGCUUCCCCGCCAACUGCGUGCCCAGAAUGCCUUCACCUCCAAGAAUCUCAUCAUGCUCGAGGCAAAGAUGGUCGCAUCCCCCAAAAUCGAACAAACCAUCAUGGACCGCGCAGACUUCGACUGGGCCCAAGUCGCCAGCGCCAACUUCGGCCUCAGCGUCCAAUGGAAAGUCGUCGUAAAGAAGCAAGACUGGCUGGAGAACUUCAUAAAGAACUCCCUGACCGUCGCUGUGGGAUUCAUCCCGGGAAUUGGUUCCAUCGCUGCCAUCAUGUUUCCACUGGCCUGGGUGGCGGUUUCAGAUCCCGAUUCGUUCAUGGAAACGUUUAGGAAUCUUGUCCCUGGUGUGGAUCUGGAAUUGAAGAUCAUCGAGGCCAUUCAGGAGAGCGCCACGGAGGUCCGCGAGUAUCUUCCAGAAGGGUGGGAGACUAGUUUAAUAGGUCCAAAAUUCCUUGCCCCCAAGGUGUCGUCCACGCCUAGUGCUGGCGUGCAGACUAUGGCUGCUUUGACCACAGCUGCGCCCAAGAGUGAGGAAGUCAAAGAGCCCGACACUGAUACGCUCAUCAACAACGAGCUGAAAGCUCUAGCCGGACAGAAGGUGGACUUCGACGCUGUCAUCUCCGAUGCUAUAAGGCCAGAAGAACAGAUCGUGAUCCUUGAAGCUGAGAAGAGCGGCACAGGCGAUGUUGACCAUGCAGCCGACGACAACCGCCUGGAUGAUGAAAUCGGCGACCAGGGUGUCCCUGAUCAAGUCACCUUGAACGAGAUCGGUCCGAACAUGCACUUCAGAUUGGCAGAGAAGGUGCUGCAAGAGACAGCCAAAAAGGAGGACGAGAGUGACUGGGCGAAACUCGUCGAAGUAGCCAAAGAUAUUGCCUCGAAACUCCCUCAUUUGCCCGGCUCUGAGGAAGAGUCCGAACCGGCCGAGGAGACAGGAGAGGAACCCACGGAGAGUGAUGCCCCAGUGAAUAACUACAACUGGAUGGACGAGUACCUCAAAUCUCUGUUCUCGGGGACCAUUGACCUCGAUGAGUGA